CCAAUACGACCAUGAAGCAUGAGGCAACCAGACUCGCUGCAAUUAAUCUCGCUCUCUAUUUCGAGGCUUUUGACGCUUUGUCAGUCUGUCACCGCUCUAUUAGAGAAUUUCGAGGUCGCCGAGGUGAGGUCCGUGCAGGCUGGACGGCGACUCUCAGCCCACCACUAUACCGCACGUUCUCGAGCUGAGACCGUUUACACCGCGUUACAAGGAUUUUCCAGCCUCAGGCGUGGUGACUAGGGACCUAGCUUAUACAGAUCUCGCUUGGCCUCCAUUCACGUCAAACUGUCGGACACCAAAAAUGGAUGGGUGUAGGUCGCCGCUUACAUCCUCUAGCCUUGGCCUUUGAUCCGUUGCAAUGCUACGCGCCCACACCACCUUGGAUGAUACUCUGUAUUUCGCUUUUGGGUGUUUAAGAUGACCGGUCCUGCUGCCUUUUGUCCUCCAGGACAUCUUAUC